AUGGCGGGGAUUAUUAAAAAACAAAUCCUGAAACAUUUGUCAAGGUUCACCAAGAAUCUUUCCCCAGAUAAGAUAAACCUCAGCACCCUGAAAGGUGAAGGGCAGCUGUCCAACCUGGAGCUUGAUGAAGAAGUUCUGCAAAACAUGCUCGACCUGCCGACGUGGCUGGCUGUCACCCGGGUCUACUGCAACAAGGCUGCCAUCAGAAUACAAUGGACAAAGCUGAAAACAAGCCCCAUCUGCCUGUUCUUGGAUAAGGUGGAGGUCGAGAUGAGGACCUGCGAGGAGCCUCGCCCACCCAAUGGCCCCUCUCCGAUUGCUAUAACCGCGGGCCAGAGCGAGUACGGUUUUGCUGAGAAAGUUGUGGAGGGAAUGUCGGUCAGGAUCAACACCAUUACCAUCAAGGUCCAGGCUCGUGCUUUCCACGCCUCCUUUGAGCUCUGGCAGCUGCAGGGCAACAGCCUCAACCCCAAGUGGCAGCGCAGUGACCUCCGCUACACCCGCGUCACCGACCCCAAGAGAGGAGAGGUGCUGACCUUCAAAGAAAUUACCUGGCAGAUUCUACGAAUCGAGGCGGAUGCCAUAGAGAGCGAUGACCAGGACCUCAGCAGCACGCCGUUACGUCUCAUCACCAACCAGGGACGCAUCCGCAUCGCUCUGAAACGGAGAGUAAAGGACUGUAACGUGUUGGCGUCCAAGCUGCUUUUUAUUCUGGACGACCUGUUGUGGGUGCUGACAGACUCUCAGCUCAAAGCCAUCAUUCAUUAUGCCAAAUCUCUCAGCGAAGCCAUGGAGAAGUCUGCACAGCAAAGAAAGAGCAUGACGGCUGAGUCUUUGCAGACCGCUCCUCCAUCUCCCAGCAUUCAUAACCAGUGGACUGAACCUCCGCGUUCGUCCACGAGCACCCCCAACAACACAAGUCAAUACUUUGACCUGUACGAUAUCAAGGAGUCUUCCUGCCACGCCUUCAUAUCACGCUUGGACUUACACAUAUGCAACGACAGUUCUUCAAUGGAUGAAGACGAGCCUCCCCUACCGGGCCUGCAGUGCGCCAUGCAGCUGACUUUCAGGAAGCUGGGCUUUGACUACUAUCCCAUCCACAGACCUGCUGAUGGGUGUCGGCACUGGGAACGCCACAGUGCGGCCAUGGAGGCGCAGGCCCAGUGGGCUGGGAAACUUCUUCAGGAGUACCAGAGACGAGCUGAGGCCUGUGGGUUUCCUCAGCCACAUGCUGAGGUGGCCCAGCCAGCCAAGGAAUCUCCUGCAAAGACAACCCAGAAUGGACAGUCCAGCCCGAAGUCAAACUCGUGUGACAAAGAGCAGGCGAGCAGGCAGAGCUCAGCCACAGCUCUAAGUUCAUGUCUGAAGAGGCUGCGGUCGAGCUGCGUGGUGAUCAGGAUGGAUGAUGUGGACAUUCGCCAGGUGUCUGCAAGAGGCCGCCAGAACAAGAAGACUCAUUCUUUAAUAUCCUGUAACCGCAGCGCUCUGAAUUUACCUGAUAACGUUCCAGCAGUUCACCUGCAGUUCACUGAGUACUACUUUCCUGACAACUCCUCUUUACCAGCGCCCACUUCAAAUCUGUAUGCCCAGUUAAACAGCCUCCAGCUAUGUGUGGACCCAGCCAGCAUGCUGUGGAUCAAUAUAUUUUCCAGAGGUCUUCUUCAUACCCUGGACCAAGUCAAAGCAUUCUACCAUUUGCAAGAUAGUAGUAAGGCUGAAGAGCACGUGGACGUCCGCCUGGAUGCUGCUCAGUUGAAGCUGAUAAUUCCUCUGGAUUCAUCCAUACUGGACCAUCCAGAACGUCCUCAGUCACUUUCAGUUGUCAUGCCCCAAAUUGUUCUCAGCAACACCCGCCACUGCCCUCAUGGCUCCAAAGAGGACCUCCGCAGUACCUGUGAGAAGUUUGCCAGCUGCUCUUUCUUCCUGCCUACACCUCCUUGUCCUUACCCCAGAGACCUGAGUGCCUUCCACCCCCUCCCGUCCACCUUCCUUCAGCACUCUCGAGAAACGGAAGCCCAACCUCUGGACAGAAAACAGCUACGAUCUCAGGACGUUUGGUCUCUUAGCCUGUCCCGUGUUGCCCUGGGUUUUGAUGGAGCGCGGCGGUUUCCCAAAGGCAAAACGCAACCUUUUAUUGAGCCCUUUGCCAUGACUGUGUGGAUGUGUCAACCGUCUGCCUUCAAAGAUAAGCCCUUGUCUUCCCCUUCUAGUCCCAACGGAGCAUAUGUGAAGUCCUCAGAGCAGGGGGCUCAGCAUCAAGCUUUGUUUGCUUCUUUUCACUUCCUGGCUCACACCAUAUCUCCACUGAGGAUGUGGCUCAACCACUACCAGUACGUUGCCCUUCUGAGGAUGAAGGAUGCCAUGGCCCGGUUGGGGGCCGAGCUGAGCCGGGAUGUACGAGGUGUUGAACAGGUUCACGGCCAGAAGACACAACCACCCACAGUUUGUCUUUCUCUUUUCGUGGACUCGGUGAAACUGGGUCUCCUUUUGCCACCAGCCUCUUUUGAGCCAGAAGGAGAGGUUCCCCACUCUCCAGAAUCAGACAGCCCCAGCAUGACAGACUCUGACUUUUCCCCGACACACCUUUCUGUUGUCCUGGAGGACAGUGGGUUAGAAAACGGGAUGUCCUCCAUUACAGCAGCAGUGAUUGUGUUUGAUGAACAAGAUGGCAUGGUUGAGGAGGCAUUUGAGGCUGUGGAGGAGGAGGUAGAGGGCAACGGACCAACGGCAAAGGAAGACGCCCCUGGUCUCUCACCUCCCUUCUCACCCGGACCCUCCCCUGUCAUCUCACGCGAACCGUCAACCUUCAGCCUGGAGGGAGAGCUGUCGAGUGCAAUCAAUGUCACCAAGGAUGUUACCAAAGAUGCCAUUAGUGCCUCGUUGGACCUGACCAAAGGGGCAUUUUCGAUAACGAAAGAUGCAUUCAGCAUGCUGAGCCGGGGUUCAGGCAUGAGCAAGUUGUUCACCGCUCAGACCAGGGAACAGAUUCCCCGUUUAGAAGAAUCCUCUCCCUCGUCACGCCUCCAGUCCAUGAAGCAGUCACACUCCCAGCAGUCCUUUGACAGUGCUAUUUUGGACGGCAGCUUGCCUGAUGAAAAUCUGUCUGUUGAUAGUGACUUCAGUGACAACUUUGUUGUUCUCAUGGACUCAGAAUCGGGCGUGGAGUCUGCGCGUCCCAACAACACCCCUGCAGGCAGUCGAGGCAGCCCAGCCCCAGUGACGGGGACAGAGGGAGGCUCAUUGGCUGAUCUGAGCAGCUCUCUCUCCCACAGUAUAGAGGACAUGUCUGAGGACAUGUCCUCAGUGUUGCUGCUGAUCUUGAGUGGUACAGCUUGUACCAUGGAGGUACGAGGAGAAGACCAGGUUGUGGCUGUUCAAGCACACAAUCUAACCCCUGUGCAGAUGGGCAACGUUAGGCAAUCAGAUGUUCUGGCUGGUCUUGUACAAGCUGCAGAUGAACCAGUCCAGAGGCAGGACGGCCAGCGUAGCAGGGCUUCUCCGGUGUUUCUCAUGCGAGCAGAAACGGGCCCGUCUGCAGCUCAGCGCUCUGCUCUGGCUGAGUCAUCGGGGUUUCUAGAUGUACGAGUUCAGGACUGUCAGGCAGAGCUGCUAGCCUCAACAGUGACUAACAUCGGUCCUUUCAUGGAAGAUGAGUUCAGUGCAGACGGGCAGCCAAUGAGGUUGCACUUGCACAACGUCACCAUCAUUAUGAAGGAUGAUGGUCCCAGAAUCUACCCUACAGCUCCCCAACCUGUUCCAGCUAAGUUCGUUAUCGAUCAGCUUCUGCUUGAGCGAAGUGAUGAUGGUAUAAUGAGAGUCAAAGCUGAAAGUUCAAACACUAAACACGAUGUUGCUCUGCUGGACUUCACCACUCGGGCCGACUCGAGCAGCUUCAACUCUGCACAACAUCGGAGUGAGAGACAAACUCUGGAGUCCCAGCUCUGUGAGGCCCAGACUGCCCUGACUCAGGCCCUCAGAGACAAGGAGCGCCUCCUUGUGGAAGUCAGGAGGUACAACCCCACGUUCACUCCCUGAUCCUCCCUGUUGUUGACCUCUGAA